AUGGGUGGUGACACAAAUGUUUUGAAACCUGCUACAGUGGUACUUAAAAGUUACACGGGAAAUGAAAUCAAGUGCUGUGGAGAAGACAACAUGAAAGUCAAAGUGGGAGAACAAGUAAGUGACAUAAAAAUUCGAGUGGUUGAAGGACCAUCACUACUAGGACGUGAUAUUAUGACUAAAUUUAGACUACCGUGGCACAACAUUUUCAGUGUUGCUCCUACCACUGCAGAGGAUAUUAUACAACAAUAUCCUGAACUGUUUGAUGAAAGAGGAGUAGGAAAACUGAAGGGGGUACAAGUGUCAUUAAGUGAUAACCCAGUGUUUAUGAAACCCAGAGUGGUACCUUUUGCAAUUCGGAAAAAAUACGAAGAAGAAUUAGAGAAACUAGUCCAGAGUGAUAUUAUUGAAAAAGUAGAGCACUCGGAGUGGGCUUCACCGACUGUUCCUGUGAUUAAGCCUGGUGGCAAUGUAUGGAUCUGUGGAGAUUAUUCUGGUACAAUUAACCAGGCAGCUACAUUAGAACAAUAUCCAGUACCUACAUUUAUAGAGUUACUAACAAACCUUUCAGGGGAAAAGAAAUUUACGAAACUUGAUCUUUCACAGGCGUACCAUCAAUUAGAACUCACCCCUGAAAGUAGGAAGUACACAACAAUAAAUACGCAUCAUGGGUUAUACCAGUACAAACGAUUAGUUUUGGGGGUAAACAGUGCGAUGUCCAUCUUCCAACGUACCAUAGAAAAUGUACUCAAAGGUCUUCCAGGAUGCUGCGUUCGGAUUGAUGAUAUUUUGGUAACAGGGGAAACUGAUGAGAUUCAUAUGGAGAAUUUGCAUCGUGUUCUGCAAAGAUUACUAGAGAGCGGGCUUAAACUCAAGCGUGAGAAAUUCCAUUUCAUGCUCGGGGAAGUUAUUUAUUUGGGAAUGUCAAUCUCGGAAGCUGGCAUUUCACCAACAUAG